CAUCACGGACCUGUCUUGUGUUUCCACUUGAAGUCAAACUAAGGCCAACCAGUUCCAACCGUCAUCAUGGUUCUUAAUGCAGAGGAGAAGUCCGCCAUUGUGUCCCUCUGGGCCAAGAUCGCCCCCAACGCUGAGGCCCUUGGUGCUGAAGCUCUGGAGAGGCUGUUCUUGAGCAGCCCUCAGACCAAGACCUACUUCAGCCACUUUGACCUGUCUCCCGGAUCUGCUGACGUCCGCGCUCAUGGAGGAAAGGUCGUUAACGCCAUUGGCCAGGCCGCAAGCCACCUGGACUCUCUGGAGGAGGCCCUGUCAACCCUCAGUGACCUGCACGCCUACAACCUGAGAGUGGACCCUGGCAACUUCCCGCUGCUGUCUCACUCCAUCCAGGUGGUCCUUGCCGUCCACUUCCCUGAUGACUUCACCCCCACCUCACAGGCUGCUUGGGACAAAUUCCUGGCCGCUGUGUCCUCUGUUCUGACCUCCAAGUACAGAUAAAUAGAGCUGGAAGAGCGGAAGACGUGAGAGAGACCAGCAAGUCACCUGCUGAUGUUUAAUUGGAAACUGUGCGCACAAAUUGUCACCGUAUUGAUGGUCAUGUAAUGACAAUGACAUUAUUCUUAUUCUAGUAAACCAGUUGCUGUACUGUAGCCCAGGUGCUCUGUGUCACCUGAGUCUUUAUGUGAUUGUCCCUUUGGCUGAUUUGUCCAUCAGAUGUCAUCAGAAUCUCCUUGUUGUCUUCUGGAAUAAACAGAUUUGUAGAUUA